AUGAAGCCCAUCAUCGGCGUCCCCAUCGUGGUAACCCUCCUCUACCGCGCCUAUUCUCGGAAAUCCCUCACACCUCUAGGCCUCGUCGCUGCAGGUUUAACGGCCACCGCCCAUGCCGCUCACCCAUGGGCUACUCCAGUUGCGUUAUUGGCAGUGUUUUACUUAGCUGGCACGAAAGCUACUAAGGUCAAGCACGACAUCAAAGCCCGUUUAACGCUUUCAGCGACCGGUACAGAUGGCGGUGAGGGUCAACGUACUCAUAUCCAGGUAUUGGCGAACUCGAUCGUGGCCACGGUGUUGAUCCUACUACACACGCGUCUACUUGCCAUCGGAUCAAGCGGGGAACCUUCUUGCUUCUCGCGCGGUCGAGAUGCCGGUGGUUUAUUGGUCGUUGGAAUUGUGGCUAACUAUGCCGCCGUCUCCGCCGAUACCUUCUCCUCUGAACUCGGGAUUCUCUCCAAAUCCAAACCACGCCUCAUCACAUCUCCUACGCUCCGCGUGGUCCCACCGGGAACAAACGGCGGUGUAACUGCCGCAGGUCUCCUGGCGGGCGUCGCCGGGGCGUUUUUGGUUGCUCUAACCUCUGCGGCGUUGAUGCCGUUUUGCUCUGACAACGAGGGAGGAUUUGACUGGAAGGCACGCGGCCAAUGGAUUCUGGCCAUGACAAUCUGGGGCGGUCUGGGCAGUGUCCUGGAUAGUGUGCUUGGUGGAUUACUGCAGGCCAGUGUGGUAGAUAAACGAUCCGGCAAGAUCGUCGAAGGCACAGGGGGUAACAAGGUCCUGAUCCAUCCCUCGUCCACUAGACCCGAAGGUGCAGCGGAGGCAUCUGGAAUAUCCCGCGACUCACUGCAUCUACGCAACACCGAGGCUAUUGCCAAUGCGGCUGCGCUGAAAGGAACCAAGGCUACAGGUACAUCGGUGGGCACGAAGCCUGGUUCAGUGGAUGACCCAAGCCAUGAAAGCCGUCGAAUCGAGAGUGGAAGUGAUUUGUUGGAUAACAAUGCCGUGAAUGUUCUAAUGGCGGCGACCAUGAGCUUCGGAGCUAUGGGCAUUGCGAGCUGGUUGUGGGAGAUACCUAUGAGCGGAAUUAUUGGUGUUUGA